UAACUCCUCCUCGCGCUGGUUUAACUCGGGUCCAUUCAUGAGUGAGCCGUCACAACACCGGACCACGGUGUUCACUCACACUCAGCCCCGGAGACCACCGCUGCACAACUGAAACUGGCAGUCGCUCCGGGACACGCGGCGCCGUGACUGCGGACGGGAGACACGCGUGUGCACGUCACCGUCAUCAGCAGGUUCAACGACAGAGAAGGUGCCAUGGCUGCUGAUAACCACCUAAGGACUUGUUUUUGACACAUUUCUCUGGCCUUCGGACAUACGGUAUAUUCCAAAAAAAGUCUGUUUGGUCCUAAAGCUAAGAUGAGUUCUGAUCCAGACCUGUGUCACAGCAAACUCCACAUCGAAUCCACCACUAGUCCUCUCAUUAGUGCAGUCAUGUUCUCUGCUGGAAUCCUGGGGAACGUCGCUGCCCUCGUGAUCCUGGAGAUCCGACGGCGGCGUGAAACCAGAGCUGGAGGAACAUCCAGGAGAGCCCUGUUCCACAUCCUCAUUACAUCGUUGGUGGUGACGGAUCUGGCAGGAACCUGUCUGAUCAGUCCACUGGUGCAGGUGGCGUACUCACGGAACACAACCAUGGUUGGAAUGUCGCCAGGCCGUAACAGUGUGUGUGCGUACUUUGGAGUCAGCAUGACCUUCUUCAGCCUGGCCACCAUGUCGCUCCUCUUCACUAUGGCAUUAGAGAGGUGUUUUGCCAUUGGAUACCCGUACCUGUACAGCAGACAUGUGACCAGGAAGUGUGCUUACAUCACCAUCCCGCUCCUGUUCUUGCUGUGUGUGAUUUUCUGCCUCUUGCCUUUCCUGGGCUUUGGUAAAUAUGUGCAGUACUGCCCCGGUACCUGGUGCUUCAUCGACAUGAACCCCAUGCAGAGAGAGGACCGGGCCUACGCCAACCUGUACGCCUCCAUCAUGCUGGUGCUUGUUCUGGCCAUUGUGGCCUGCAACGGAUUUGUGGUGUUUCAGCUCUUCAGGAUGUACCAGAGACGCAAGAAGAACUGCGGCUCCAUGAUGGCGUCCACCAGGUCCCACAGCGACCGCAGAGCCAUGUCCAUGGCUGAGGAGGUGGAGCACCUGAUCCUGCUGGUCUUUAUGACCAUCAUAUUCAUCAUCUGCACACUGCCUCUAGUGAUCCGGGUCUACAUCAACUCCAUCGGGACCAGGGUGGAGUCUCACCGCCUGGACCUCAUUGCCCUGCGCUUCAUUUCCGUCAACCCCAUCAUUGACCCGUGGGUCUUCAUCCUCCUGUCCCCCAGUGUGUUGCACUUCUGCUGGGCCUCCGUCUGCCAGGCUCCGCUCCUGUCCUCUAGACAUUCUAUAUUCAAGUCGUCCAUGGGCAGAGACGAGACUAACACCAUCCAACUGUCUCGCUCAAAGUUGGACUACAGACAAAACAACCAGAGUUCUGAAGUUCUAUGACCCUGACAGAACUUUGUAUGUUUUUUGUUGUCUAUAUACA